GUGUAAGGUGAGGGCUAGGGCGACAGCUUCAGCUGUGCACUGCACAUGUGCAAGAUGCUGCCCAAGCCUACUAAGGUUGACCCUUGGCAGCUGCUGUGAACUCUUCCUGGGGGUGGUUCUCUGUGUUUGCUUUCCUGCUUGCAAGAGAAGUCUGAAAGAAGCAGAACUGAGGCAGGAUGUUGGUUCUGGUAUUAGGAGACCUUCACAUCCCACAUCGAUGCAACAGCCUCCCGGCCAAGUUCAAAAAGCUCCUGGUUCCUGGGAAGAUCCAACACAUCCUGUGCACCGGGAAUCUCUGUGUCAGGGAGAGCUACGAGUACCUGAGGACACUGGCCGGGGAUGUUCAUGUGGUCAGAGGGGACUUUGAUGAGGGCCUGAAUUACCCACAACAGAAAAUUGUGACUGUUGGGCAGUUUAGAAUUGGUCUGAUCCACGGCCAUCAAGUUAUUCCCUGGGGUGAUCUGGCCAGCUUGGCAAUUCUGCGGCGUCAGCUGGAUGUGGACAUCCUAAUUUCAGGGCAUACACACAAAUUUGAGGCACUGGAAUAUGAAAAGAAGUUUUAUAUCAACCCAGGCUCAGCCACAGGUGCUUAUAAUGCAUUGGAAAGAAAUAUUAUUCCUUCAUUUGUUCUGAUGGAUAUCCAGUCCUCCACAGUUGUAACUUAUGUCUAUCAACUCAUUGAAGAUGAUGUGAAGGUGGAAAGGAUUGAAUAUAAGAAGUCUUAAAAUCAAGCUGUUUCUCAUUGAAUACUUCUUGACCAGAUAAAUUUAAUGUAAAACAUAUAGUGAUACUUUACAGAGCCAGUUUUUAAUGAUGCAGCUCUUGUAGAUGUCCAGGAACGUUUGGGCUGAAAAUCAUGAGAAGAAUAAAAGUCUUGACAAAUAAA